GAUCUCAUUCUUUUGGUCGCCAUUUUGUUGAGUUAACCACGGGAAAUUCCGCGUAAUUUUCCCACUUUUCGCCUUAAAAAACUCAAAUUUUCCUUGUCGGAAACUCGUUUAAUGUGAUUGCGGGGCCUCGAUUUACCGAAAGAAAUCAUGGCACGUUACGCGCAAAGGCCGGAAACGGCUUUGAAAAGGGCGAAUGAGUUUAUUGAGGUGGGUAAGCCCGCGAGGGCUCUGGACACCCUCCAAGAAGUCUUUAGGAAUAAAAAAUGGGCCUACAAUUGGUCCGAGUCGGUUUUGGAGCCCAUUAUGUUCAAAUAUCUGGACCUGUGCGUCGAGCUGAAAAAGUCCCAUAUUGCCAAGGAGGGGCUGUUCCAGUACAGGAAUAUGUUUCAGUCGGUGAACGUUGGCUCCCUGGAGAAUGUCAUUAGGGGCUAUUUGAGAAUGGCCGAGGAGAAAACUGAAAAUGCCAGGGAACAAUCGGCCCAAGCAGUCAUCGACAUUGAUGACCUAGACAACUUGGCCACCCCCGAAAGCAUUUUACUGAGCGCGGUAUCUGGAGAGGACGCCCAAGACAGGUCGGAUCGCACCAUUCUCACCCCCUGGGUUAAAUUCCUGUGGGAGUCUUAUUGUCAGUGCUUGGAGUUGCUUAGGACCAAUGCACACGUGGAGAAUUUGUACCACGACAUCGCCCGCAUGGCUUUCCAGUUCUGUCUGAAGUAUAACAGGAAAACCGAGUUCAGGAAGUUGUGCGACAAGUUGAGGAAACACUUGGAGGAUAUUUGCAAGUUGCCCGCCCAGGUGGCAAAUGUUUCCAUGUCCAAGCCUGAGACGCAGCAGUUGAAUCUCGAGACCAGACUGUACCAAUUAGAUUUUGCCAUUCAAAUGGAGCUGUGGCAGGAGGCCUACAAGGCCAUUGAGGACAUCAAUAACUUAAUGAACCUCUCGAAGAAGAUGCCCGUACCGAAAACCAUGUCCAACUACUAUCAGAAGUUGGCGAUGGUGUUCUGGAAGGCGGGAAACUACUUAUUUCAUGCCGCAGCCAUGUUCAAGUUGCUCCAGUUAAACAAGGAGAUGAAGAAGAACUUUACGCAGGAGGAGUUGCAAAAAAUGGCGUGCCGGGUGCUAUUGGCAACGCUGUCCAUCCCACUGCCAUCGGCUCAUCCGGAAUUCGACCGGUUCAUCGAGACCGACAAGUCCCCGUUGGAAAAAGCCCAGAGGUUGGCCAUUCUGUUGGGUCUGUCCCAACCGCCCACCAGGGCCAGUCUCCUUAAAGAUUUGGUUAGGGUAAACGUGGUGAACUUGGCAACGCCGCAACUGCAAGACCUCUAUCGUUGCCUCGAGGUGGAGUUUGACCCGUUGAAUUUGUGCCCCCGAGUGAAUCAAGUCAUCGAGCAGAUCAAAUCCGAUGAGGGUGGGGCGGCUUUGCAGCAGUACAUCCCCGCCUUACAGGACGUCACCUUGAUGAGGUUGGUGAGACAGGUGGCGCAGGUGUACCAGACCAUUCAGUUCACCCGAUUGUUGGAGUUGGCCAAGUUUACCACCCCGUUUCAUUUGGAGAGACUGUUGGUCGACUGUGUGAGACAUAACGAUAUGCAGAUCCGAAUCGACCACGGAAAACGUUGCAUCCACUUCGGUAUCGAUCUGAGCGAGAGUCAGAGGGAGGACAAGCCGGAAGGACCGACCCUCCAAGUGAUGCCCAGCGAACAAGUGAGGAAUCAGCUGGUGAACAUGUCGACGGUACUGAAUCGGGCCAUUCACGUCAUUAAUCCCAACAAAAAGAAGUUGGAAAGGGAGAAAUUGCGAUCGGUUAUGGUGCAAACGUACCACGAGAACAAGGUGAAGGAGCACCAGAAGAUCCUGCAACGGCACAAGAUUAUCGAGGACCGUAAGGAGUACAUCGAGAGGUUGAACACGGUACGGGAGGAGGAGGAACAGAAACGCCUGGAAGAGAUCCAGCGUCAACAGAUGCUGGCCGAGCAGAAACGCCUGGAAGAGGAACGUCAGGAACGGGAACGGCGUCGUCACCAGAACGAGAUCGAGCAAAUCAAGCACCGUCACCUCCAAGAGAAACUGCAGCAGAUCAGUCAGACGGGUCACGGGCAGAAAAUCCUGAAAAAAAUGGACGAGGACGACAUCAAGAAACUGGACGCGGAUCAGAUCGCCGCGAAAGAGGCGGAGGAGUUACUCAAAGAGCGACGCGAGUUACAGGCGAAAUUAAAGUCGCAAGAGAAGAAGGUCGAUUACUUCGAACGGGCGAAGAGGUUAGAGGAGAUCCCGCUGCUGCAGGAGAGCUUGAAGGAGAAACAGUUGCAGGAUCAGGCGUUCUGGGAGCAACAGGAGGCGGAACGGAUCGCGGCCGCCAUCGAGGAACGGAAGUUGGCGGUCGCCACUAGGGACAGACUCGCACGCAUGAAAGCCGACAAGGACGAAUUCCUCGCGAAACUCAAAAAAGAACGCAACACCCUCUACGAGGAAAAACUCGAGACGUUCGAGAAAGCGCUGAGGGAGGAGCGUCGCAAACGACUGACGGACCGCAAAGCGAAACGUAAGGAGGAGCGACGCGCCCACUGGCUGAAACAGAAACAGGAGGAGGAGGAGCGGAAGCGGGAGGAACGGAAACGGCGGGAGGAGGAGGAGCGGGCGGCGCGCGAGGAGAAGGAGCGUCAGGAGCGGGCGGAGCGGGAGCGCGUCGAACGCGAGGAACGGGAGAGGGAAAUGCGGGAGAAGCAGGAGAGUCUGGACCGUAUAGCGGCCAAACAGAGGGCCAAAGAGGAGGAAAUCGAACGCAAACUACGUGAACAAAACGAAAAACCGAAAGAGAGCGGAGGCCGCGGGGGCGGCACCUGGAGGAACGUCAACGACGACUCGUCGAAGGACGUCAAAAGGGGUGGCGACUCUUGGAGGGGCGGCGGCGGCGGUGCCGCAGACAAGGACAACAAAGACGAGCCGCCGCCCAAGAGCGGCGUCUACGUGCCGAGAAGUCGAAUGGGCGGCAACACCGCCGGCGAGUCCACAUGGCGCCGCCACGGCGAUACCGACGACACUAACAAGGACCGAUUCUCGCGCCCCGCCGGCGGUUUCGAGCGUAAAGACGACAGAAGUUUCGGAGGUCGUGACCGCGAUACCGGCCGCGGCACCUUCAAUAGGGAAGACAGAGACAGAAAUAAGACGGAAAGCGGGGCGUGGCGUUCGGCCGCCCGCUUUACGGAAGACGCGCCCCGUAGAGGCGGCGCGGCUCCGCCCCCGUCGCGCGAUUCCCCCGCGUCGUCCGAGUGGCGCAGCGGCAAGACGGACGCCGCGCCGGCGCGUCGCGACGAGCCGAUGAGGCGUCCGCCCCCGCCCAAGGAGAAACCUGCGCCGGAAUCGCAACCGGAACCGGAAACGGACGGCUGGACUACUAAGGAGAAGCGCAGGCGUUAGGAAUGUUCUUUGUUUUUUUUUAGGUUAUAAUGAAUGGUAUUUCCGUGAAAUAUAUAAAAUGUACGUUUUUAAGGUGUUUUUGGGAAAUAUAUUUGCUUUCUUAUGUUUAUUUUUAAUCUGACAACAUUGUAACCGCUUGUUUUAAAUAUAUGAUACGGUUUAAAUGUU